AUGAUCCCGUCUUACAUUCUCAGUGGGACUAUCGUCCUGCUUGCUACUGGUCUGGCCAGCGCUGGCCCUUGUCACCCCUCAUCGAUUGCUUCUUCGUCGGCCAUUUCUGUCAUUGAGACCAGCCUCCAGUCGUCCGAAACGCAGACCGCGACCGAAGCGAUCACAACUAGAGAAGCAAGCUCCAUUGCUUCAGCCGAUACCACCCAGACUGAUGCUACCACGACCGAGCUCAGUAUCGCUACUACUACUGUUGAAACCACUACUGGGAUGACCUCGGAUCCCGCAACCACCGCCGCUGCAACCACCACUACUACAGUGGCCGAACCACUCCCAUCAGUCAAACUUAUCGCCGUUGGCAGCAGCGACCCCUCCCUUUCAGUCUCCGGUGGUCUUGGGUUCUCAGAGAUCGGAACAGUCACUGAAGAUAUGGAGGCCAUCAACUUCAGUGCCAACCCCGCUAGCACUCUUGUCUUCACUAUCAGUGAACUCACAGGCCAAGUCAAAGUCGGCAAUGGCCCGAGCGAAGGAAAAUCUGCCUUCUACAUCAAAGCAAACAUCGACUACAGUGCGGUUUUCAUUGUGGAUGAUGCAUACGGGCGGGACAAUGGUUUCACUCCGGUGAAUUGUCGGGCCGUAAAUGCCAAUGGAUACCAGUCGUUCCAAUGCAAGUACAACGAUGUCGAAGAUGCUGAAUUCUGGACAUGUGCCUCCAGGCUUAUUCUGGUCAAACCUGGCGUUGACUUUACGCAGAGAUGUCCCAAUGCUUCAACAUCUUACAAAAUACCAAUCAUUCAGGUAAUUGAUGUUUGA